CCUGGCGCGUGUAACCAGCUGGAACUGGGCUGGCGAGUCGACUGGAUCAUAUUUCGAAACGCGAUGCCACCGGCAACGUCCAUGAUGUUCCCCGUGGGGGCGGACUUCUUCAGCACCAAGGGAAAGGACCUGCCUGACGAGGAGAAGCGGUACCUCGUGCACAUUGCACGCACGUCAUGCAAGGAACUGAUCAAGCACGCCGACAUGCGCGACGAGAACGUCGUGUGGACGCCCAUUGGCGGCACCAGUUCCGAGGUCAAGUCGUCGCUGCCGCCAUUUUUGUCAUCGUCGCGAGGCGGAUUCAUGGACAGUUUAAUUCUGUCUGCACGCAUGUUCGAAGGCCGAUCCAAGCGUGACUGGAGCAAGAAGUUUCAUGGCGGGAAUAUCAUGAUGGGUGCGUGCGUCACUCAAGUCGCGGCAACAUUGGACGAGGUCGCGUCUUUCUACCAGCGCCCUACGACCCGCGACGCCCGCACGUUCGCAGACACGUACCAAGACGACUGCUUGGACGCACAUGUACUUUACACCCUCUUGCCGCCGGCGUCGGCGGCCCCAUGGCAUAGCAUCACCGUGCGGUGGCACGCAAUGAAGUCCCCCAUCGCGUUGGGCAAAGCCCGGGACUUUUGCUUCCUCGAGACACAUGACGAAUUCGUGGACGCCCGCGGCCGGCGAGGCUGGAUCCUUGCACGGGAGUCGGUGAGCAUCGCCGCGUGUCCGCCGCUAUCGUCCAUCGUUCGCGCGAGUCUGCAGCGCUCGGGCCUCGUGUUUGUCGAAAGCGACCUCCCUGGGUUCCUCAACGUCACCCAAAUGGCGGUCGUGGACUUCAAAGGGACGUUGCCGCGCGUCGUGUCGCGUCUGGCUACCCGAAAACACCUAACCGAAGUCCUGCGUUUGAAUCGAUACCUGCACGAGAAACGACUGAGUCUCGAACACAUCCUCCCCGACCACGACCUCGUGCCAAAGCGCGACCGGUCAGCGUGCCACGUGUGCGUCAAAAAGUUUGGGGUGUUUUCUAGGCACAAAGUGCGCUGUCGAAAGUGCGGCGAGGUCGUGUGCAUGCAAUGCCAGGGCCUGUGGACCAUCGACGCGUCGUCGGCGCCGCGCCACCCCCGCCGCGCGUCCAUGUCGUCGGCCGUCUCCAAGAAGGCGGUCGUACAUGUUCGUGUGUGCAUCAACUGCUCCCAAGACACACGCGAACGAUCGAUGCACGUUCACUCGACGUUUCUCAACUCGCAACCACGUACCAACCCCCACGACCACCGACAGUUUUCAUUGGACGCGACCAUGACCAUGACCUCCUUCCUGCAGACCGACGACCACGAACAAGACAACGAACAAGACGAUAUCUCCCCCAUGGAUGUGCUGCAAAGCGCUCGGUCGCGGGCACUGCACGAGUACGUUCGGCGCACGUCGUCCAUGACCGUCGCCGCGUCCACUGCAACAACCUCAUCAUCCGGUCGACGCAUCCCUCCUGCCCACGACGAGUACGACAACCAUCUGACGCUUCGACAUGCCAAAAGCGUGCCGGGCGAUUCGUUCGACGAAGCGGCGGGUUCGUACGCCGACGGGUCUUCUUCGCCGUGUUCGUCGUCCCGCGACGGGUACGCCGGUCCCCCGAGAGGGUUGUCGCAUUCGUUUGUCAGCGACGCGUCGUCGUUCCGUCCAAGUUUUACCGUGUUCAAGAAACCUACCCCUUUGAUCCCAUCAACUUCAACCUCCCAUCACCACCACCAGUAUCAAUACCAGCAACCCAUGGUGCUGCCGUCGUCGGUGCUGGCGCUCACGUCGCCGUCGUACCGCGAUGCAUCUCAUCACAACAAUCCUCGCGGUCGGCAUCACUAUUCCGUACCUCCUCCGCCUCCUUCUUCGUCGUCGGCUACAAACUCCCGACGAAGCAGUUUGCCCGUCUUUUCCAACCUUGCCGCGCAAGUGGAUGCGGCGCUGCAUUACGGCCACCAUACAACCCACGUACCCCCGUCGUCGCCGUCGUCGUCGCGAUCGUCUUGGCGGUCCCAUCAUGCAUCAUCAUCGUCGUUGCUGCGGUCCCCAGCUAACCGGACCCACAAACCAUAUACCCCCCGGAAAUCGACCCAAACGUUUCAGUUCCGAGACUCGAAACUCGUGAGCAUGCGCACGAGCGCCGGCACGUUCACGACCGACGACCUCAAGUCGAUUGAACGGUCGCUUUUGGCUGAUGCCAAGAAGCUCGACACGGUGUCUUGUGCGCGGGGCAGCUUGGGCAAACCAUCCUCCCGCGGAACCAAGACGUCCAUGAUGAUGGGGGACGGACUCAACCAGCGCACGUCCUCCCGAUGUGGCGGCGGAAGCAACUCGUCGUUUAUGUCGAGCACUACCAACCACACACCCGCCACGGCCACGUCCACUUCGAGUCUGAGCUUUUCCGACGAUGACUCGACGCUGCAGCUGGAAGGACUCCGUGAAAAGGUGCAACUCACGCUAAAUGGCCCGGCGCAAUCAUCAUCGUCAACAACAACAUCAUUAUCGAGCCACAACCACGACGACGACGUGGUCGCAUUGUACAAGCAAAUGAAGGCGCUGCGAGUCGCCAUGUAGUAGUAGUAGUAGUAGUAUACACUAGUAGAUCAUCCAUCAACUAACUAAACUCGUCGUCGUCAGCCUACCAUUACUGUACAUAAAGAAGAUCAUCGAC